AUGGCCGAACAGCUCACACAAGUCGUCUGUCAACGGUACCUGAAGAGGGAUAGCCUGCAGACGCUUCUAGAACGCCUCUUCCCCGGCCAGAAGGACUUCAAGAUUCGCAUGAAGGAGGAUCAGUUCAGCUUUACUGCUCCAAGGAAUGUGACCGAGGUGAGCAUCGUCUUUGUCCAGCGAGGGUUUCCAGCCAGCACAAACCAUGUGCUAACAUAA